AUGCCCCAUUUCAAUAGCUCCAUCUUCAGGCCCUCAAUACUGACUCUGAUUGGGAUUCCUGGCUUGGAGUCGGUGCAGUUCUGGAUUGGGAUUCCUUUCUGUGGCAUGUACAUCAUCGCUCUUUUGGGGAAUUUUCUGCUCCUAGUUGUCAUCAAAGUUGAGCGAAGCCUCCAUGAACCCAUGUACCUCUUCCUAGCAAUGCUUGGAGCAACAGACAUUGCUCUCAGUACUUGCAUCUUACCCAAAAUCUGGUUUCACCUUCCAAACAUAUACUUUGAUGCCUGCCUCUUGCAGAUGUGGCUGAUUCACACACUCCAGUGUAUUGAGUCAGGCAUUUUAUUUGCUAUGGCAAUGGACCGAUAUGUGGCAAUCUGUGAUCAGCUAAGACAUGCAUCGAUUUUAACCCAGCAACUCCUCACUCGGAUAGGAGUAGGGGUCACACUCAGAGCUGCCCCCCUUGUAGCUCCAUGUCUCAUUCUCAUCAAAUGCAGGUUGAAUUUUUACUGGACCACAGUUGUAUCCCAUUCAUACUGUGAGCACAUGGCUAUUGUCAAGCUGGCAGUAGAAGAUGUUGUGUCAAAGAUCUAUGGUCUUUUGGUGGCUUUCAGUGUACUUGGACUGGACGUAAUUUUUAUUACUCUCUCCUACAUUAGAAUAUUUAUAACUGUCUUCAAGCUGCCUCAAAAGGAAGCAAGAUGCAAAGCCUUUAACACAUGCAUUGCCCACAUUUGUGUCUUCUUGGAGUUUUAUCUCCUGGCCUUCUUCUCCUUCUUUACAUAUAGGUUUGGCUUCCACAUUCCAUCCUAUAUUCACAUUCUCCUGUCUAACCUUUACCUACUUGUCCCACCUUUGCUCAAUCCUAUUGUUUAUGGGGUGAAGACCAAACAGAUUCGAGAGCAAGUGUCCAGAAUUUUCUGUUGUAAUUCUGUUGUAAUUAUCCUUCUUGAUUUUUAG